CAGACAGUUCCUAGUGGGCAGCAUGGCGGACGCGGCUCCUCAAUCCAAGAGAAAGCGGGAAACGGACACAGAGGAAGCUGAAACUCCCAGCGCAGAUCAAAAGGAAGCAGGCGUUGGGAAUGGUACCUCUGCCCCUGCCCGCUUGCCAUUCUCCGGCUUUAGAGUGCAAAAAGUGCUGAGGGAAUCUGCGCGGGACAAAAUCGUUUUCCUGCACGGGAAGGUGAAUGAGGAGUCUGGGGAUGGAGAAGAUGCUGUUGUGAUCCUGGAGAAGACCCCAUUUCAGGUAGACCAGGUGGCACAGCUCCUGACCGGCAGCCCUGAGCUCCAGUUGCAGUUCUCUAAUGAUAUCUACAGCACCUAUCACCUGUUCCCUCCAAAGCAACUGAGUGACAUAAAGACAACUGUAGUGUACCCUGCCACGGAGAAACACCUGCAGAAGUACCUGCGCCAGGACCUGCUCCUGGUCCGAGAGACGGGAGAGGACUACAAGAACAUCACCUUACCCCACCUGGAGUCACAGAGCCUCAGCAUCCAGUGGGUGUAUAACAUCCUUGACAAGAAGGCAGAAGCUGACCGGAUUGUUUUUGAGAACCCGGAUCCCUCUGAUGGCUUUGUCCUCAUCCCUGACCUCAAGUGGAACCAGCAACAGCUAGAUGACCUAUACUUGAUUGCCAUCUGUCAUCGCCGGGGCAUCAGAUCACUUCGGGAUCUUACUCCAGAACACCUGCCGCUGCUCAGGAACAUUCUCCGGGAAGGACAAGAAGCUAUCCUGCAGCGCUACCAGGUGAAGGGAGACCGUCUUCGUGUGUACCUGCAUUACCUGCCCUCCUACUACCACCUGCAUGUGCACUUCACUGCCCUGGGCUUCGAGGCACCUGGCUCAGGUGUGGAGCGGGCCCACCUGCUGGCCGAGGUGAUCGAGAACCUAGAGUGUGACCCCACGCACUACCAGCGACGCACCCUCACUUUCGCCCUCAGGGCCGAUGAUCCCCUGCUCCAGCUCCUGCAAGAGUCCCAGCACCCCUGAGCAUGGUGGGGAGAUGGGCACAGAUGUGUGGGUUAAGGGGUGACAUGGGGGCUGGUUUGUUGUUUUUUUAAUCUCUAAGGGAAUUUUUUUAAUGUAUUUUGUAUGGGCCAUUCUUUACAUAAGAAUAAAAGUACGGGGCUCUCUGGUGA